CCCAACAAAAGAGGAAGAAGAAGAUUAAGUCGCACUAUUGGAUGAUAUCAUUGGUUGAAUCCAUACUGUUGUAGGAAGAAGGCAUCUCCAGUCAGCAACGAUUUCUCACAGAUAACCGACAAAUAAUUAAAGUAUUUUCAAAGAUGAUACGAAAACCCCGAGCAACAACCGUCAAAUCUGUAAACUACAGAGACAUGGACUCAGACCUGUCAUUUUCCCACACACUGAGUAGUGAAGAAGAUAAUGACGAAUGGAGGCCACCAGAGCCAAAGCCAAAGGCCCCUGGCAAGACUGGAGUUGAUCCUGCAGAUGCAGAAAAAAAAGCACCUGCUAAGAGAACUGUUAAAACAAAUGAGCAAAAAGCACCUAAACAACCUAAAGCUCCCAGAGUGGCUAAGAAUCCUAAGCCAAGGGCACCACGGAAACCUACAGCAGAGAACAAAAGGGUGGCAGCUAAAAUCCUGAAGGAUUUUGUGACACCUGGGUUAGCUGGAAGAAAGAGGAAAACAAAUGAUGUGGACAAAAAGGAUGAUAAUGCUAUAGAAGACAAAGGAGAAAAACAAACAGAUUGUCCUGAGGGAGAAACAGCUGAAGAGAGUGGGCCAAGUAUCAGAGUGAAGCAAGAGAGGCUGUCAUUUAUUGUGUCAGAAGCCCAUCAGACAGAUGGAUGGGGAGGUGAGGGGUCGUCACUUGCUAGGUUUGGAGCAAAGAAAGAGGAAGUGGAGGAGGAUGAUUUCACUUUUGAUGAGCCCUGUCAAAAGAAACAGAAGACCACUGGUGCCUGCCUGGGAAAACCAGCUGCUGUACUAUCAUCAGAAGCCCAAGCUCUGACAAAUGAACUCAAUAUGAGCUGGGACUUGAUAGAGGUGCUGUCCACACUGACAUGCGUGGAGCGAUGGGUUUGUGCAAAUAUCAUUAUGCUGCUUCGUGAGGAUAAUACGGUACCCUUCAUGGUGCGAUACCGCAAGGACAUGAUUAACCACAUGGAUGCAGAUGCUGUCAGAGAUGUGCAGCUGGUUUAUGAGGAGUUAUGCUCGCUGUCUAAGAAAACACAGUCUGUGAUUCAGACCUUGAAGAAAGAUGGGGUUUUGACAUCUGAGCUGGAGCAAAACUUGAGGAGCUGCCGAUCAGCUGAUGAACUGGAUCAUGUGUAUUCUCCCUAUAAGAAAGGCAGUAAGCUGACGAAGGCUCGCAGGGCCAAAGCACUUGGCCUUGAGGCGGCCGCCACUGCACUGAUAGAAACACCACACACUCUGGAAUUAAGGUCAUGGGUAAAACCUGGUACUGAAGGUCUAUCAUCAGUGGAAGAAGUGGCUACAGGGGUGGAGCACAUCUUGGCUGAUAUGAUCGCCAAAGACCCUGAGACACUGACCUACGUGAAAACACUGUGUGAAAGCAGCUUUGUAACCCUCCAGUCUUCUGUGUCCAAGUCAGCGCUAAAGGAGAAAGAGCAGGAAAAAUCUGUCCAAAGUCACAAAAAACCAGGGGCCCAGCAAAACAAAAGCAAGGAUGUUGACAAGUUCCACCUCUACUUUGAUUUCACCUGCAGCAUCCAACGCAUCCAGGCCCAUCAGACCCUGGCUAUUAACCGAGGGGAGAGUCUGAAGAUUUUGACAGUGAAGGUGAACAUUCCCGACAGGGUGAAGAGUGACUUCACCAGGUGGUGCAUCAACAACAGGUGGAGGCCAAGGACUUUUGCAAGAGAGGAGCUUCGUGUAAUCAUCAGGAAUGCAGUGGAGGACUCUUAUAAAAGACUUAUUCUGCCUUUCCUUACCAGGAGUUACAGGACCAAACUGACAAGUGCAGCAGAAAAAGAGUCGAUCGCCAUGUUUGUGCGGAACCUUCGGCAGCGCCUGUUGGUUUGUCCAGUCAGGGGCUGUGUCAUUAUGGGGGUGGACCCUGGCUUUAAACAUGGCUGUAAGCUGGCAGUUCUCUCCCCCACUAGUCAGAUUCUACAUGCUGAUGUUGUGUACCUGCACAGUUCAGGCCAGAAAAGAGAAGCAGACAAACUACGCCACCUCAUGAUCAAACACAGCUGCACCAGGGUUGUCAUUGGCAACGGGACAGCAUGUCGGGAGACUGAGUCCUUUUUCGCUGACCUCAUCUCCAAGCGCUAUUUUCACCCCCUGGACGUGUCUUACUGUAUAACCAAUGAGGCAGGAGCAUCCAUUUACAGUGUGAGUCCUGAAGCGGUCAAAGAGAUGCCAGACUUGGACCCCAAUCUUAGGAGUGCAGUGUCCAUUGGAAGACGAGUCCAAGAUCCACUGGCUGAGCUUGUGAAGAUUGAUCCUAAACACAUAGGGAUUGGAACAUACCAGCAUGAUGUGUCAACCGGAGCACUGAAGGCAGCGCUGGACGGAGUGGUGCAGGAAUGCGUGAGCUUUGUGGGAGUGGACAUCAACAUCUGCUCCGAGACGCUGAUGAGGCAUGUAGCAGGCCUAAAUGUCGGCAGGGCGAGGAAUAUUGCAGAGUGGAGAGAGCAGAAUGGUCCCUUCAUCAACAGGGAGCAGCUCAAACUGGUCAAAGGAAUGGGGCCCAAGUCCUACCAGCAGUGUGCUGGCUUCAUUAGAAUCAACCCACAAACCAGUGCCAGAUACUCGGCUCACGCUGGUCCAGCAGUGCCAGAGAAACCAGUGGCGAAGAAGUGCAAAGGAAAGACUUGUGUCAACAUACCAACCUCAUUUAACCCUCUGGACCAGACCUGCAUACACCCAGAGUCUUACCAUGUGGCACAGAGAUUUCUGUCCAGCGUGGGUGGGAGAGCAGACCAGAUCGGGAGUGCAAGCCUUCGAGAAUGUGUUGAGAGGAAGGUCAGGAGCAGCAGUGUCGAGGAACUGGCCAGGACAGUGGACACCACGUCCGAGACCCUCAAACUCAUCAUAGAUGGCCUCACGCAGCCCCCAGGGUUUGACAUACGACAGAAUUUUGGCAAGGCGGACUUUAAGCGGGGUAUUGUGUCGAUGAGUGAUCUGCAGGUGGGUGCAGUGCUGACGGGCCGGGUGGACAACACAGCUCUGUUUGGGGCUUUUGUAGAUAUCGGUGUUGGCCGCUCAGGCCUCAUCCACAAGAGCAACAUCACUCUGGACAAACUGCCAGUCAGCCAGCGCCGCCGCAGCCUAGCUCUGGGACCCGGGGAACGGGUGGAGGUCCGGGUCCUGAAUGUGGACCCUCAGAGGGGACGGAUCGGCCUGGACCUGAUCAGGGUCCUCCAAUAGAGUCAGUUAAUUCCCACAAGUAAUACUCAGUGAUUUGACAGGAUAUGGCAUUUCAACAGGCAGCCUGUUGUGUUUAUAGAAAUGUCCCCUUUAAAUUUUAAAUUAAAAAAAAAAUAUUUUAAAUUCAACUCAGAAGUGUUGCUACAAGUCCAGUUAAAUCAAACCAAAGUUCUUCACAGUUACAUUAAUGGCUGGGAGACUUCCUCUCUGCCUGAUGUCAUUUUGUCAGGCAGCACUUACUUGCUCCCUGUGUGACUGAACACUAAACCUAAUUACCUACUUCAAGCUUCAAAAUAACCCUUUUUGUUUGCCAACCUUGUGGUGAGCUAUCUGCAGACACACACUGCUGCUUACUGGUUAUUAUAGGAGACUGUGAUGAGACAGUUUAUUGAGAGGGAACCCGUAAUUAUUUGCACUUUAACAGUAGUGCAGAGAGCUUCAUACUUGAGCUACUAUUAUUUAUUUUCUAUAAAUAUAAUAAAUAUUGUUGUUAUUAUGUAAUAAAUAUUGUUCACAUGCUUAGACAUGCAUUCAACUCUUCAAGAAAUAUUUUGUUUUGUACUGUUCAAGUCGUUUUUGUAUCUUAGCUACUUAAAGCAGAUUUUGUUUACUGAGUUUACUUGAACAAGCCAACUGAAGGAGUCAUGAAAACAUUCUAAAUUGUAAAAAUACUUGCAGGUGCAGGUGAAAUUUUGACAUUAAAAAUGUCUCCUAUAUGCCUUGAUGUACUUUUUCCUCAAAAUUAAGAAUUCAGCAUAUUACGCACUGAACAGCGUGGUCUGAUUCACAUGGAACAGGACUGGCACGGAUGACAAUGGGA